CAUGUUCCUACAUACCUAUCCUCCCAUCGUCCGGCGAGAACCAAAUCCACGUCAUGGCAUCCGAGGCGGAAACUGUGACUCUUACGGCGCACUGUCUUUGCAAAGCCCACGUCUUCACGACGACAGUUUCGAGAAGCAAUCUCCCAUUACCAGCCUACGCAUGCCACUGCGACUCAUGUCGCCACUCUACAGGUGCCCUCUAUUCGAUCGACGCGCCCUGGCCCGAGCCUCGACCGAACGUUGACACCUCCGCGCUCAAAUCCUUCCACUUCUCGCCUUCCAUCGAUAUCCUCUUCUGCGGCACGUGCUCCACACCCAUGUUCUUUGCACAUUCUCAGAAGCCCGAUGGCGAGCUCGGCAUCUUUACUGGUACGCUGCAGAACGGUACAGUCAACCCAAUCAAGAUAGUCGACCAUAUCUACGUUGGCGAUACGACCGACGGCGGCGCCACGAUGUGGCUGCGUAAACCGAACGAGGAUGGCACCGACGCGAAGCGGUUCAGAGAGCGCGGCAAGGGAGACAACGUUGAGGAGUAUCCCUGGGGUUGGCCGGCCGCUUCUUCGUUCACCGGCUACGAGGCUAGAAAGGAGGAUUCCCUGCCGAUUCGCUGCAAAUGCAAGGGCGUCGAUCUCGUCCUCCACCGGGGAAGCUACGACGGCAAGAAACGAGAGGAACUCCCAUGGUUCAUUGAUCCAGCUACCUACAAGCCGCUUGUUGGUUUCUGCGGCUGCGAAUCCUGCAGGCUGUUCAGCGGCGUCGAUGUCUGGACCUGGACUUUUGCAGAGCUGGAGAACAUCUCCUUUGCACCGUCCACGGAUAAGGCGUUUCCCAAGCAGACUACUGACCUCAAAGCUCUAGUUGAUGCGAAGGACCCGUCCAUCGGCACCCUCACGUACUACGCUUCCUCUCCGGACGUGCAGCGAUACUUCUGCGGUAAUUGCUCGGCCUGUAUAUUCUAUGCGGUGGAUGACCGUCCGCAUAUGGUGGAUGUUGCUGUUGGGGUGCUGGAGGCUUCUGAUGGAGCGAGGGCGGAAGGAUUUCUCUCUUGGGCAUAUGGAAAGGUCAGCAGAAUGCAAGACUCGGGGGGCGGGUGGCGGAUGGCUCUGCUGGAGAGAGUGGAGAAGGAGUGCGAGGAGUGGAGGAUUGGCAGAGGAUACCCGAAGAAUUGGAUGCGGAUUGCGCGCGAGCAGGCUGAGGCUAAGGCGAAGAGUUAGACUGGAGAUUUGGUGGCCUGAAGUGCUCCAAGCAAUGAUGGCAAACUUAACAUUUUCUCUGUCCUUGAGGCUAUAAUCUAUUUACUGGCGUACUUCGGGUUGCA